UUUGAGGGUCCAAUAGGUCAAAAGCGACAAAUUUUUUACACAUAAAUUCUGCGGCUUUUAUCACGCAGACACUUUCAUUCCUCAUUACAAAUUUGUUUCUCUACUGCAAAAGUGUUGAAAUUAAUUGCUAGCAAGAUGUCGCGUAAAUUCAUCGUUGGUGGAAACUGGAAGAUGAACGGCAGCAAGAGCCAAAUUGGAGAGAUCAUUGAAUUCUUGAAAAAGGGACCAUUGAACGCAGAAACCGAAGUCGUUGUCGGUGUUCCUGCCAUCUACCUGGAACAUGCCAGAAGCAACUUGCCUGAAACUAUUAAAGUCGCCGCCCAAAACUGCUACAAGGUUCCAAAGGGCGCGUUUACAGGUGAAAUUUCGCCUGCGAUGAUCGCCGAUGUUGGAUGCGAUUGGGUGAUUCUUGGACAUUCGGAGAGGCGCCAUGUCUUCGGAGAAUCCGACGAAUUAAUUGGAGAUAAGGUUAAACAUGCUCUGGAGAGUGGUCUGAAUGUGAUCGCCUGCAUCGGUGAGAAGCUGGAGGAACGCGAGGCCGGAAAGACCGAAGAAGUCGUCUACAGGCAGACCAAAGCCGUCGCCGAUAAAAUCAACGAUUGGUCCAAAGUUGUGUUAGCUUACGAGCCGGUUUGGGCUAUUGGAACUGGAAAGACAGCCACCCCAGCUCAAGCUCAAGAGGUCCAUCAAUCUCUUCGCAAGUGGAUUGCAGAGAAUAUCAGCGCCGAUGUCGCUGCCAAAGUCAGGAUUCAAUACGGCGGUUCGGUAACUGCGUCCAACUGCAAGGAAUUGGCUUCUCAAGGAGACAUCGAUGGUUUCCUCGUGGGCGGUGCUUCCUUGAAGCCGGAAUUCGUCAACAUCGUCAACGCCAAAUGCUGAACGUGAUUGAUGAGCACGUUAUCUUCAUAUCAUUAUACUAUUGAUUUUUACAAGAAAUUUUAUUUUUUUUAUCCAUUCCAUUUUUACGAUAAAUUAUGCAAA